CGUAGUCAAACGCUGUGUUCUGUCAUGACAUUGUUGGAUAAAUGAACAGUCGGAGUGAACGCUUUUCAGUUUUCUGUCAGCAGCAGUUUGCCUCAGAAGAGACAGAGAGACCAAGCAAGAAAAGGAGAGAAAGCACAACUCCGGGGCAGUAAAAAAAAACCAAAACUACUUAUCUUCAAGCCAGCUCAGGAGCAGGGACUGGAAUCAGUGUGUAACCGGUGGAGGGCAGAAGAGUGGAGGGCCAGGGGAGUAACCUGGCCAUCAAACGGACUGGCAGCCUCUCCUCUCCUGGGAUCAUGUACCCUCAGGGCAGGCAUCCGGUCCCCUUGCAGCCAGGCCAGUCUUUCAAGUUCACAGUCCUGGAAACUCUGGACCGUAUAAAGGAGGAAUUUCAGUUCCUCCAGGCACAGUAUCACAGUCUGAAGCUGGAGUGUGAGAAGUUGGCCAGUGAGAAGACAGAGAUGCAGAGGCACUAUAUCAUGUACUAUGAAAUGUCCUACGGUCUCAACAUCGAGAUGCACAAACAGGCAGAGAUUGUCAAGCGUCUCAGUGCCAUCUGUGCUCAGAUCAUCCCUUUCCUCUCUCAAGAGCACCAACAGCAGGUAGUCCAAGCAGUGGAGAGGGCCAAGCAAGUCACUAUGGCUGAACUCAAUGCCAUUAUCGGGCAGCAGCAACUCCAGCACCUGUCUCAUCAUACCCCCGGAAUCCCUCUGACGCCACACCCAUCAGGCCUGCCUUUGGGGGUGGGGAACUCAGGGCUUCUGGCGCUAACUGGGGCCCUGGGGGUCUCAGCCCACCUUGCCUCCAAAGACGAACGAAAUCACCUUGACCCUGAACAUCUUCGAGAGGGAGCACCCAGCAGGAGUAAGUCAGUGUCUUCAACAGACAGUCAGCCUACUGAGGAGCGCCAGGGCCCGUCAGGUGGCUACUCCUCUACGCAGGGGGGAGUCGAAGCCAAGAGGAGGCGCUGCGAGGAUAAAGAACCUCUCCCACCCCACUCUUACGACAGUGAUGGAGACAAGAGUGAAGACAAUCUGGUAGUGGAUGUCUCUAAUGAAGAGCCAAACUCUCCUGCUGGCAGCCCUCCUCACUCCCCACAUGGGAACGGUUUAGACCGGGCCCCCACACUAAGAAAAGAGGUUCCAGGUUCCUCAGGUGCAGUAGAAGCCCCCUCCACCCCAAAUCCACGCAGCCCCACCCCAGGAAAGCCCAAGGACCCUGCACAGAUGGACAAGUCACAGUCUCCAUUGUCUAAGUCUGGCACUCCGUCCCCAUCCCACCGUGAGGCCCUCACCCCUGGAGCAUCAGGAGCCCCUGGUACCAGCACCUCCUGCCUUCGUCUUGUUAGUAAAGCGGAUCCACUUGCUCUCCGCAGUCCCAUGUCUGUGCCCCCCGGUUCAUAUCCGGCUCAUUUUGGCGUGGUGUCCCACGCAGGCCUGAACGGGGAGCUGGCCAGCCCGGCAGGCUUCGGGGGCGCACUUACGCUCUCCCCCCAAAUCAGUGCCGCAGCCAGCGCCUACUCUCGAAGCCCCAUGGUGGCGUAUGACUCUCGGGCUCACUUAAGAGCUCCGGGACUGUCGUCCUCUCUGCCCGGCUCCUCCGGUGGCAAGCCCGCCUACUCGUUCCAUGUCAGCGCAGACGGCCAGAUGCAGCCAGUGCCUUUCCCUCCUGACGCCCUGCUGGGCCCAGGAAUCCCACGGCAUGCCCGACAGAUCCACACCCUGAGCCAUGGAGAGGUUGUGUGUGCCGUCACCAUCAGCUCCUCAACACGCCACGUCUACACUGGUGGCAAGGGCUGUGUUAAGGUGUGGGACAUCAGCCAACCCAGCAGCAAGAGUCCCAUGGCGCAGCUGGACUGUCUGAACAGGGAUAACUACAUCCGUUCCUGUAAAAUCCUGCCAGAUGGACGAACCUUAAUCGUUGGUGGAGAAGCCAGCACGCUGUCUAUCUGGGAUUUGGCCACACCCACUCCUCGCAUCAAGGCGGAGCUGACGUCGUCGGCUCCUGCCUGUUACGCUCUGGCCAUCUCUCCCGACAACAAGGUCUGCUUCUCCUGCUGCAGCGACGGGAACAUCGUGGUCUGGGACCUUCACAACCAGACGCUGGUCAGGCAGUUUCAGGGCCACACGGAUGGAGCCAGCUGCAUUGACAUCUCCAACGACGGCACCAAGCUGUGGACGGGGGGGCUGGACAACACGGUCCGCUGCUGGGACCUCAGAGAGGGACGACAGCUGCAACAGCACGACUUCACCUCACAGAUCUUCUCUCUGGGUUACUGUCCGACGGGCGAGUGGCUGGCUGUGGGGAUGGAGAGCAGUAACGUGGAAGUCCUGCACGUCUCCAAACCCGAUAAAUACCAGCUGCACCUCCAUGAGAGCUGCGUUCUCUCCCUCAAGUUUGCUUACUGCGGCAAGUGGUUUGUGAGCACAGGGAAAGACAAUCUGUUGAAUGCAUGGAGGACGCCGUACGGAGCGAGCAUUUUCCAGUCUAAGGAGUCCUCGUCUGUGCUGAGUUGCGACGUUUCGCCGGAUGACAAGUACAUCGUGACGGGCUCCGGGGACAAGAAGGCCACGGUGUACGAGGUGGUGUACUGAGAGGAGAGCGCAUGGAGACUGUGGGAGUGGGGCGGGGAUGGGGGGUUGUUAAAGGAGGCAACCAGUUGCCCUGCCAACCGCUCCCAGUCCGCUGUACAUUGGCUCCUCCUCCUCACUCCUGCACUCCUUCCACACGAUGGAGUCCUCCUGAACCUUAAACCCUGAAUGCAUCACCCCCCCCCCCCCCCCUUCUGUGACAUAAGCUACUGCGGAAGCGCCCAAAUGCCCCCUCCCUCCUCUCGCCGACUUUUAGCCAAAGGAAGAGGCCUGAUAGGAGAGCGAGAGAAGCAAGCAGAUAAGAAGGACAAAGGAAAGGGUGGUGGAGCGUAAAGAUAACGUCAGGAUGAGAAAGAGAAAGACAAGAAGGAGCGGAGAACGUGAGAAUACGGGGGAAAGGAAAUAGAGGAGAAGGGAGGGAGGGUAAUUAGGGUUGUUUCCUGAUUAAGAGCUCAGCGGAAGGGAGGCCCCCAGAGGAGGCGUAGCGCGGCGCUGUGGGAGUGCCAGCCAGGAGCACUGAUACCACACAAUCGAUUCAUUAGCCAGACAGUGAAGGCCUUAAUGAGGCUGACGCCGCAGCUCCCGCUCCCCAGUGAAAGGUGUCAGGAGCCCGGGAGCGACGGCACACCGAGACAAGGCCGCUUUAGAUGUCCACAUACACAAACACUUAAAUGCGCACACACUCAGAUGGUCCCCCCCUUGAGGUAAUCGCACGGAGUGAGAAACACACAGAGCACCCCAAUUAUACAUUCACGGGCGCGCUCGCUGUCUCACCGCUUAAUAUCUGUUUUAUUUUGGUCUGACAAAGGCGGCGUCUAAUGAGCAGCCGAGUCGACGGGAUUCUUGGCGGGCCCAGACACACAAACAGAACAUUAGCCGAGCUGUUCCCUCUAAUUCCUCCGGAUUGUUCUCCUGACACCGGGCACUGCACUCACUCUCAUUAAAGGCGCUGUCAGCGAGAUGAAGUAGCAGCACGCCAACUUCACUGUAAGGCACAGCGAGGGCAAAUAAACGCCACGCAAUUACGCCGUCAGCAGCCAAGUCAUCUUAUGCAACCAGUUGGUGUUCCAUUUAGAAAGCAGAUGAGAUCACCUGUUCAUCAGAGUCUUUAUCUCCAUCACCGCGCCGGAUAAACCUCUUUUGAUAAGCUAUUGAUUGAUAUCAAAAUGCUAUUUUCAGUCCUUCAUGUAUCCACUCUGACAGCUCUUGUAUAUCAAAGCUCUAUGUAGAACCAACCUGUACAGUUAGAGGCACAUUUCCAGCUUCAUUAACCAUUUAUCUCUGUAUUUUUUAUGAAUAGUGACUGCUCGUCUUAUGUAUUGAUAUGUUUAUGUACUGGGGGCUUUAACUGCAAAUGGGUUUUGGGUUUCGCAAAUGCAGGCUC